AUUCGAAUCCUGUCCAUCUUGUAGUACCGGGAACAGAUCUUCACUCUGGGGACCCAAUUCUUAGCUUGGGCACAAACCCCGGGUGCCAGCUCUCUUUUACAAGCACCCUGAACAGACCUUUUUAUUGUCUUCUUUCCUGAAACCUCUAAACCUGGUUGACUUGUCAGAGUGCAUUUCACACAUUCCUGUUCCCGAGCCUGAAGGAUACGCCUAGUUCCCUCACUGCUAAAGGAACAGAAAACUGCUGGUACGGUCUGGUGCUGUUCUCCUUGUUGUUGAGUUGCUACAGGGCUCACACCCGGAGCAGAGAAUCACGGAGAAUCACAGCAUGAAGUGAACUCAGGUGGGGUCUGUCUACUAGACCAAAGGUAGAACAUCCCAAGUCUAAACUCUGAGUAAGCAGUGAUCUUGGGGAGGUUAUUUCCAAGUAUGGAAGAGACAAAGAAUAAUCCCGCAAAGCUGAGUAGAACGAAACAGCCAGUGAAAACAGAAUGGGGAGCCCAUUACAUGGUAUUGACCUACUUCCAAGGAGACACUAAUAGCAUGGUGGAUGAACAUUUCUCCAGAGCUUUGAGCGUCACCAAAAACCCACAGGACCUGAGUAGAGACAACGGUGUCAAAGAUGGCCUGAUUAACAACGAAAACCACCAACCUUCCCAUGGGUGGGGUCUUCCAUCCCAUUGGACCAAGCCCUAUGAUGCCUCUUCCCCUUUGAACCUGUGCGCUUCGGAUGAAAACUCAAUUGUUCCCUCCAUGGAUGUCUACCAGCCUUCCAUUCUCCAGGGAGCUUCUCCAGCGACCGCUGAGCUUUGGCCUUCGUCUUCCGGGGGUGAUCCGCGUUUGACCCCAGUUUCGAGGUACCCAACCUCUGAUCUGCAUAUGGCACAAGACGGCAUGUCGGAUGAGAAGUACGAUUCUCUGCUGGGCCUCCUGGAGCAGGAGAGAUGUUCUCGGCCCGUCCAAGAGCUGUUUGAUUCCCGGUCAGCUUGUCUUACUGGUUCGGCUGGGUUGCAAAAUAUGAGCCAGAGGUAUCCCUGCUAAUGGCCAGUUUGCACUUUUAAAACAAAUGGACCCAUUUGCUUAUUAUUUUAAGACUUUCUGAGGACUUCACAGAGCUGUCAUUAAGAAAAGCAGUCAAACAGUGGUGAACCGCCAUUUUCUCUCACCAGAUUUUUUUCCCAUGUGCUUUUCAAUUUUUGGAAUGGGUAGAAGGAGAUGCUCUCACAUCUGUCUUCACUUUUGCCCAGUUGUGGGUUUCACUUACCUUCACUACCAGUUCGGAACUGUGAGCGUGUGUGCACUUGCUUACGCAGAGCGUCCGUGAUGACGUCUGGGCGGGUGAGUGGAGCCUCCCACCACCGCUGCCGCUACCAAUUCGCCCGAACCGGUAGAAGUCCACCAUUGCUUUUGCCCAACAGCGUGCAGAAAUCCAGUCUCAUGGAAACCUCCCCGUCUCUAGCUUUCAAAUCCAGCUGAAAACGGUCACCUCCGACUUCCUGGGUUCUCCUCAUCUUGGAGGUCUUCAGACAGGACCUUCAGCCACUCCUUAGCCCUACAAAUGUUCCAUCCAGGGUCGCCGGUUGCUUGUUUCCGAAUCGAAUCUCAGUUUAGAAACAAUAUAAAAUAUAGUUUGCGCCGGGCUGGCAAUUUUGCCACACGAUGGCAGCAGAUCUCAGAACGUGGCCACAUGCUAGGCUGAAGAUCUCACCCUCAACCAGGCCCUGGCGUGGAAAGGUCCAUGCUCCAGAUGCUAAACAAAGGGCCUUCUUUAGAACUGACCUAAAAUUUUGCCAUUGGGAAGCUGAACUCAAUGAGUGAGAAACAUCCUAAUGACCAGAAGAGAAACUUAUGGCUUUCUUCUGUCCAUAUCAUUGUAUUUGACACACACACACAGUUGUGUGGAUUCUGCUCUCGGCAACCAAAACCCAACGUGUGUUCCUCAUAUCAAGAACAUCUCCCUCUCUUCACAAGAGCAGUUGCCGUUAGAGGAGGAAGCCUACGAUGUGUCCAUUGAGGCCAAUCUUGUCAAUACUGGUCCACCACGGCCUCUCAAGAGAAGUUUUCCCGUUACUCACCAGGUGACGGCUUUGAUGGCUGGGUGGGUUGGGUGGUGGAAACCUAGCCUUAUUUGGAUCGUUUUUCAGUCUGGAAACAUGCCGUGUGAACCUGGAGAAGGAGUUACCAAUUAAAGCUGAUGCAUUUCCUGAGGAGCACUUGUAUACAAAUUUAAUAAAAUGAAAAUGAAAUGAAAA